AUGUUCUUGCUGCUGACUGUGUUUUUUCCCAUUGUUUUCCUUUCACAGGAGACAUUGGAUUUAACCCGUAGAAAAGCCCCGUGCUUUGUGAAGUUCUCAGAGAUGGAAAAAAUGGCAAACAUUCAAGCUGAAAUCAAUGAGAAGAAACUGAAAACUGAAAUUCUGCAAUUGGAGAAGGAGACAGCAGACAUUGCCCACCCUUUUUACUUAGGCAAAAAAUGUGAGAUUUUGCAAGAUAUGAACAGACACUUGGAAGCUGUACUGAAAGAGAAGAGGGCUCUUAGGAAGAGGUUGAUAAAGCCCAGAUGUCAAGAGAGCCUGCCUAUUGAGGCUACUUUCCACAAGUAUCUAGUAGAGUUGUUGACUGAGGCUGCGACUUUCAUUGAGAAUCUUGAAAGCCAUUUGCAGACCUUAAGGACUGUCCCUCAGAUACCAAACAUCAUGAAGAAUAUGGACACUGCUUUGACAAAAACAGAGGUGCUCGUGAUGGAGUUGGAGGAGCUGGCAGACGAAAUAUUGAAAUGGGGAGAAGUGCAAAAAGAAGUGUAUUCUGACAGCAUCUGCAAUACUGCUGAAUUGGACUUUGGCUUAUCUUUAACCUAA